UUUUUAUCUGUAAUAUUAUGACCUUUCCAAAAUAUAAAUACGUUGUCGAGGUAUUCUCGAGAUGUUAAAUGAAAAAAGUAUCUCCUGCAACUUCUCAUACUUACAGUUAAAAUAUUUGAAAAAUGAAAACCUUCGUGCUUGUUUCAUGUCUGCUAGUGUUUACGCAGAUAAUUUACGCACUUGAUAUUAAGGAAAUAAGUAUUAUGAAUAGAAUUUUAGAAAAAUGUAUAAGAACAGUACCAAAACGCGAAAAUGAUCCAAUAAAUCCUUUAAAAAAUGUCAAUGUAUUGUAUUGUGCAUUCACUAAGCGUGGCAUAUUUACUCCAAAAGGUGUAAAUACGAAACAAUAUAUUAACUAUUGCGAGAAGACGAUCAUUAGUCCUGCUGAUAUAAAACUGUGCAAGAAAAUUGCUUCUAAAUGCGUAAAGAAAGUGUAUGACCGCCCGGGACCAAUCAUUGAAAGAAGCAAAAAUCUAUUGUCAUGUGUUCUAAAAAAGGGUUUGCUCGAAUUGACAGUGUAUGGCAAAAAUAAAUAAAAUAAGUAAGAAAAAUUUAUUGGAAGUACAAAUGCAACAUAAUUCAACAGUUAUAUUUUACAUUAAUCCUGUAUAAACGAAAUGAAUAUCCAUAUUUCCUUGUAAUUCUAUGUUACUUUUGUAAUUAUUAAUUACAAUUAAUAUGUUGCAUUAACAAUAAAAUAUUGUGCAUGAGAAUAAUCGCA